AUGCUUGCUCGUCCUGGCAUUGUAGUCGCCCCUGGCGUUUGCGACGGCAUCAGCGCUCGCUGUGCUCUUGAGGCUGGGUUUGACUGUCUCUACCAGAGUGGCGCUGCCACCACGGCUGCUAAGCUUGGCAUGCCUGAUCUUGCGAUUGCCACCCUCCCCGACUUUGUGCAAAAUGCCACUAUGAUUACCGGCUUGAGCUAUUCCACCCCACUCAUUGCUGAUGCGGACACCGGGUUUGGUGGGCCGGCAAUGGUAGCUCGUACCGUGCAGAUGUAUGAUCGAGCUGGCGUCGCUGCCCUCCAUAUUGAGGAUCAGGUUCAAACCAAGCGUUGUGGACACUUGUUGGGCAAGCAGGUCGUUUCUACUGAGGAGUUUGUUACUCGCAUUCGUGCCGCUGUUCAGGCUCGCGAUGCCAUUCCUGGAAGCGACAUUGUGGUUAUCGCUCGCACGGACUCGGCCCAAGUGCUUGGUAUGGACGAGGCCAUUCGUCGUCUCCAAGCUGCUGCUUCGGUUGGUGCAGACGUCGCAUUUAUCGAGGGUGUGAAGACCAAGGAACUCCUUGAGAAAACUGUCAAGGCACUCCAUCCUACUCCCGUUCUCGUCAACGUAAUUUCGGGAGGUCUCACUCCUUCCUUCACAACCAAAGAAGCUGAAGAAAUGGGAGCCAAGAUUAUUAUCUUUUCGCUAGUUUCGUGCGUUGCGGCUGCCCAUGGAAUCCGCGAAGCAAUGGCUCUCCUCAAGAAGACCGGCACGGACCAUACCUCUGCACGUGGGAUGGACCCCCGCAAAUUCUUUGAGGUUGUGGGCCUGGACGAAGUGAUUGAGGUUGACAGGCGCGCGGGAGGUACAGCGCUUAGCUCCAUCUAA